AUGUGUAGCAUGCAUAAGAUGAUAGAACCAGACACGAUCUCAACUAAGUAUCUGCUUGUGUCAGGUUGCACGAAGAUAAUGUCGAGGGCUCGUUGGCUGGAGUGGUCCGAUCGUGUCCUGUGUGAAGACACGACAGUCACGGCCAUCCGAGGAGGAGAGCGACUAGCUAUGGGGCAUGCGCAGAUCCCAACAGCGCAUGCAUCUCUCCACGUGAGGCGGGACAUGAUUGCAAGUUGGCACAUGAAAGUGACCAAGAAAGCUUCUAACCGAGGAGCAAUAUUCAUCGGCAUUGAGAGCUUCAACAAAGAUCCCGGAGACAAGAUGGUGAUUGGCAAUGAUUGGUACCAGGAGAGCUGCCGGGACGUUGCGUUCUACUACUCCAGCGAUGGGGACCUUUGUCAGGGGGAUGUGGUUGUCAAGAAGACCGAAAGCUCGUAUGGCAGCGGUGACGUCAUAGGGAUACAAAUGUGCGACGGGAUCCUGACAUUCCUGAAAAACGGCGAUCCGGUUGGAGAGCUGAAGGGACUGAAGGAGUUCAACCAGGUUGCUGUGCAACUUCGGAGACCAGGAGAUAAAGUCAAGCUGAUCAAAGAGUUGGUUGACAAAGCGGCAGAGAAAGAUAUUGAGAAGAGAAAAGCCAUUGAAGAACGAAAGAAGGUAGAAAACCAAGCCAGGCUGCAGCGAGAAGAGGAGCUGAUGAGGAAGAGAGAGCAAGAGCGAUUGUUGAAGAUACAGAAGGAGGAAGAGGAGAGGAGACAGCGAGAGUUGGAAGAACGGCAAAGAAUUGAGCUUGAAGAAAGACAACGAAGGGAUGCAGAACUCAACAAGCUGAGAGAAGCAGAAGAAGAAAGGCUGAAGAAAGAGAAACAGGAGGCAGAGCGACGAAGAAUCGAAGAUCUUCGAAGAGCUAAGUUAGCCAGGGAGGAAGCAGCCAGGAAACAAGCGGCGGAAGAACAAAUAAGAAAGGUGGCGAGAUCACGCGGAGGUUACUGUGAAGAUGAGGAUCCAGACGCUCCUUCAAACCAAGAAGUUCAAGACUUCCUCAACCACUGCCUCCCUCUCCGCCUCCUCGCAGCGAAGCAGAUGGGCAUGGCAGCGCUCCCUAGCUACAAGGAGACCCCCUUCAUGAAUAUCCUGCUUACACCGCAGCAACAUCACGCGAUCAAGAAACAUUUGACUGAGGUGAAGAAGAAGUCGUCACUAGAACGGAGCUCGAUAGCAUCGAGUUCUCGGAUGUAA